UUUUUUUUUUUUUUGUUCAAGGAUUCACCUCCUCUUUCACGUUUUCCUUUUUUUUUUUUUUCUUCUUCUCUCUUUUAGACAUAUACUUCUGUAAAACCUCACUCUCUUUACACAUAUAUAUAUAUAUAUACAUAUAUACCAAUCCUUCUUUUCUAUUCAUUCCUUUAUAUAGUCUUAUUUUGUCUGUGAUGGCCACUCCACAACUAAAGUCACCUAUUGUCUAUACUAUCUCGAUCGUCUCUUUAUUGAUGCUAUUUGUGCUAUAUUGGGCUUGGCGAGAUGAUAUAUUACUAUUACCAGAACCACACUAUGCCAUACCUGAUCCUAUAUCAUCCUUGGACUUUGUUACUCGUAUACCAAGCCAUUCUCUUCAAUGCACCACCGAUACUUUUAACACUGGCACAUGGGUUCAUCGUCCUUUACAACUCAAGGAGAAUACCAUUCAAGGCAUGGAACAAGCUGUCAAUUAUCAUUGUCGUGGCAACUUCCCUCAUAAAUGUUAUCGACGAUUACAUGACAAUCCAAGUGAAUUCAAUCGAAGUGUUAAAAUUAUGGAUUAUAGUUGGGAACCUGAUACCUGUGCAUUAAUUCAAGUAGAUCCACGAAAUUUGACAGCACAUUUAGCACAUCAUCCACUUUUAAUGGUAGGCGAUUCUAUCACACAACUUCAAUUUGAAAGUUUGAACUGUCUCCUUGGGCAAGAUUUGGUGAAUGUGAAACUUGAUGCAAAUAUGACAGGUGGCGAUCCUAAAUUAUGGGCUGGACAGUUGGUGCAUCCUAGUCGAGUACAAGAACAAGGUGCAGUGACAUUAGCUUAUCUACGAAGUGACUAUCUGGUACGACUAGAUGAUUUCAAAUUGAUGGAACCUUUCGAUGAAGAAGGUUAUCUGAUUGGCAAAGGUAGUAAUUUCCCUUGGAUUCAUGCAUUAGACAAAUUUAGCUACAUCGUCAUCAACACUGGUCCACAUUGGCAUGCGGAUUUGAAAUGGGGUCCUCAUCAAUCCGAUAAGGAACUUAUACAAGCUUUCACCAAAGCAAUGGAUGUCGUUUUCAAGUAUCUAAAACAACAUAUCAAGCCUCAUCAACGUGUUUGGGUUAGAAGUACUCCUUAUGGUCAUGCUAAAUGUUCUCAAUAUAAGAAACCUGAUACUGUACCUCAUGCACCUACUAAGAAAGAAGGUGAAUAUCAAUGGGAUCUUUUGGAAUCAUUCGAUAUGGUCUGGAAGAACUGGAUUGAAACAGAAAAGGAUGAUCGAUUCCGAUUUUUGAAUGUAUCUUUAUCUAAUUUGAGAGGUGAUGCCCAUUCUAGUCCUGAUUCAGAUUGUCUUCAUACUUGUUUACCAGGUCCUGUAGAUGAUUGGAAUCAACUUUUUUUCCACGAAAUAGCUCAAGCUGCUGGAUCGUUAGUAUCUUCGUAGAUAGUUAGAUGUAUUUAAAUGUUUAAUAUUUAAUAAAAAAAAGAAAUAUUUCAAAAUG